AUGUCAAUGAAUCGUUACAAAUGCAGCUGUGCAUGCUGCUCGCAGCAUCCAGACGGAUUCAUGUACCAGACACGGCAGGUUAUUACGAAGCACGCGAAGAAGUACCCCCCUGUCUUGCAACCAACGGGUGUCAAUACCAAUGCUGAUGCAGGUGCAAACCCGAUGAAUGAUGCAUCCAGGGCAUCAUCCGAGUCUGAGGGUACCGACCAUCGAGAGAGACCGGAGAUUCCACCUCAAGUCAGAGAGGAUGAGUAUGAUUUCGAGUUUCAGCAUAUGGAUGACCAACAUGCAGAAGAGCAGCCUCGAUAUCCGGCAGAACAACAAGCACCUGUCCAGGAACUCCAAGACUUCAACUUCCGUCUGGUGGCAUGGCCUGAUGUGCGAGUUCCUGGCACCUUCCAAGAACGUCCAGGUGUCCGCCUUGCCUAUCUCAACACAGUCAUUGGUAAUGUCUUUGGAAAGCAGAGCAUACAAGCUGCAACGGACGCUCUCAACAAUCAGCUAAAUUGCAUGCUACUCGAAGGUGUACUACCUGAGCAUCCGCGUCCCUGGAUCACCCAAUAUGCGAUAUGCCCCGAGUGCUGGAAGCACUUUACUCCUGCUCAGGUCAAGGAGCUUCCAUCUCCCGAAAGCCUUUGCCGAAUGUUCAUGCAACCUGGUUUCGCAAAAUCAGUGCGAGACAGCCGACAAGAUUGUCCAGGACAAAAUGAAGACGAAGACUAUGUCAUGACUGAUAUGCAUGACGGCAUGAUGGGAAUACUCGAAAAUCAGCCCCACUCUAGCGGCCCUAUCUACUAUGCUAUCAAUGACCUCCCACGAGAUCAACGAUUCUUACAAGUCAAUGUCAUAUGCACAGCAAUCAUGCCAGGUCCAAAAGAGCCAAACAUAGUUCAAAUCAACUGUUGUUUGGAGCCAUCUACUCGUGAGCUGAUGGAACUCAAGAAUGGGGUCAAAAUGGAUGUUUACGGAGAAGAGGAACUUGCAGAUGUAUUUGCAGAUAAUGAAGCCCUUGCUUGUGAUAUGCCUGCCUUGCAUAAAUGUAAUGGAACAGCUGGACAUAGUCAUGACUUCCAUCCAUGUGCGUUUUGUGAUGUCAACAUCAUCAAAAUCAAUACUCCCGAAGGCUACAACAAUUCGUGGACUGACAAAAAUGAUUAUCAUAUGCUUCGUCAGAGCUUCUACUCUAAGGAUGCUACUCCCACUUGCCAAGAAGCGAUCUUGCAAGACCAUGGAGUUAGAUUUAGCAUUCUCAAUGUCAUUUCAGGCUGGUUACCAUUGAGAAAGUCAGCUCUUGACUUUAUGCACUGUAUCUUCCUUGGAAUCAUUUCGCACCUAUUUAUGUGUGUGUUGUUUGGUGGAUAUAUGUUCUUGGGCAUGGGUGGUGUCAAUUCUCCGAAGCGACGCUUUGAAGACAUAAUUAAUGCUGUAAGAUGGCCUAGCCAUGUCACUCAACUGCCGAAAAACCUGGGUGAAAACCAAUCCCUCAAGAAGGCUGACAAGUGGUGUUGUCUUCUAAUGAUCACCCUGGACAUUCUCUGGUGGUCUUGGAGGGACACUAAUGAUGAAAUACCAGACACCGAGCCUCCUCUUCCACCCAACACUAUAGCCCUGGAUUUUUCCCGUAACUGCCACUCGCUGUAUAAGGCCAUUCUAUUCCUGUGCACUGGUGUCCAAAUUCUUGCAUCCUGCAUGAUCUCUAUGGCUCAGGCUCGCACUGGUCAGAGCUUUCUAGCCCAUUACUGCUUGGAAUGUCUGCAGCUUUGCAUCCCACUCACCAUCAACCAUCAAGCUUUGAUGCAUACAGCUGAUAUGAUAAAGAAGUUUGGUCCUGUAUAUGCCUGGUGGCUCUUCAUAUUUGAGCGGUUCAAUGGCAUGCUGGAAUGUGUUCAAUAUAAUGGUCAUGAUGGAGGACGGAUUGAGUUAAUUCUCUUACAGAACUGGAUUAACUGCAUUACCAAGGUACAAGCUCAAGACCGUGGAAGUAUGAUGAUGCAGAUAGCAGUUUACCAGAGUGAAGCUGCUGAAGACAAUGUUAGGUUACCACUCUGUAAUGCAAAAUUGAUCAAUCUCCGUGCAUAUGGCUCACCUCAAGGAGUAUUCUACCCCAUUCUUCUCCAGUACUGUCAUUCUCUAUGGCCUGACCUUCACCUGGUUGAUGAUUUAUCAUGCGACAAUGGCACCCCCUUCUAUGUGAACAAGGUAGCUCGUAGAACACGUGUCCCUGUGCAAAUCACGGCAUUAUUUGUGGUUGGUGUUCUUGAUGUCAUCCCUCAUGUUUGUGCAGUGGUGUGGAGAUUAGUCUCUGAUGAUGACAUUCCUGCAAUGCCAUGGGAUCUCUAUGCAUCUACACUUGGUAUCCAUGUCCCCUACACUGAAUUGGGCCCUCAGGAAGUGGUUCCAGUAUCACGAAUCAAGUGCCCACUGGCACUAAUUUCAGUGCACUUGAAUGUCCUCAAAAAAGAUCUGUGGAUCACCGUCUCAUUUGACCAUGUAAGUUUACAAACUGUACUCUUGUACAACAGUCUCAAAAAAUUUGUAGGCUGGGAAUGA